AUGGCUCCGGACUCUCAGAACGACGACGGCCCGAUUCUUUUCAAGCCAGAUACGAUCCCGCCUCACGCAUUCCCUCAGCAUGAAGACCUGAAGCAAUGCGUCGACAACAUACCUCGCUACCUCUUCAGGGUCACGAGUCCGCAAAGCGCCGGCGCGACCAGCGUCACCGAAGUCUGCUCGCGAGCCUGGCUCAACAACGCCAGCGACAGAAAUCAAGACUUGUUCGCCUACUCCGAGGACUUCUCUCCGAGUCUCAUCGCGCAGAAGCUCGAAGACCACCUCCUCUGCAUGCUCAAGUUCGACUCCAACCUCGUUUCGUGGACGAGCUCGCUGCUCUUUGCACUUCACUACGCCGUGUACCGACACUAUCUGGGUGAACGUCUCGAGGAUUUGUCGCUGUUGGUGGUGGAUACGACUCAGUUCCAAAGGGGCACUAUCAUCCGAGACCACUUGGCCAUCAAGGCCUUUGAGAGUUACUCGGUGCUGCCUGCUGAUGGAGACGGACUCAAGAUUCUGCACAAGUGGAGGAACGGCCAUGCUUAUUUCGGCGAGUACCUCUCGCAAGGAAGACUGCCCUUGGACCCGAAGUACUGCGCCCAAGUUACCAUGCAAAAGCUUCACGAGGAAGGGCUCGUCAGCCUCUACCCUUCCAUCUGGUAUCGCGAUCUUCCAGCGACAUGGUGCGGGGCUUUGCUCGUCCUGAGAGCAGAAGUCAGCUCGGCAUCAAGAAGAAUGGAAGAGAGAGAUGUUUUGCGGGCGAUGAAUCUUGCAAAGACAUUUCCGUGCCGGGACUUUCAUCUGCCCAUGACAUUCAUGUUUCUCAGCCUCUGCCCCCGUAACAUUGACGAUAGCUUCUCGUUGCUCCUGCAGGAAUCCAUGCUCGAAUCGGACGAGUUCUCAAGUAAGUGA